GCUUCCUGGGAAAAAUCUUGGACCCAAUGAAGACAGCAGCACUGGGAUUUCACUGCCUGUGUAGACUAUAUCAUUUCUAAUCAAGCAGAGUUCUGAGUAAAGAUUGUUGGGAGCAGCAGAAACAUCAUUCAAAGAAGCUAUUAAAUGUUAGGUCAUCCACGUCAGCAUUGAUUCAACCUGGAUUUAAACCACAUGCCCAAAGAGCUUCUGAAGAUCCCUGCUCGUGCCUCCCCAUCAAUGUUGUGUGCAUUGUUAAUGCACUGAUAGCCUGUAAACAGGACCCAGCAGGAGUCUUCAACGCAUUGAGAAACAAGAAUGGUGGUGUGCAUACUCUUGUGGUGGAGUCUAAAAGUGCUUACCCUGUCUUUCCUACUGAAAACUACUCUGUCCUUAAAUCCAGAUGACCCCAACGUUUGCAGUCAUUGGGAAAGCUAUGCUGUAACAGUACAGGAAUCUUACGCUCAUCCUUUUGAUCAGAUCUACUAUACAAGAUGUACUGACAUACUGAACUGGUUCAAGUGCACUAGACACAGAAUAAGUUAUAAAACAGCAUAUCGAAGAGGCCUAAGAACAAUGUAUCGGCGGAGAUCUCAGUGCUGCCCUGGAUAUUAUGAAAGUGGAGACUACUGCAUACCUCUUUGCACAGAGGAGUGCGUGCAUGGACGAUGUGUAUCUCCUGACACUUGUCACUGUGAGCCAGGCUGGGGAGGUGCUGACUGCUCCAGUGGUGAGUACAGGCUUAGAAGAAAGUAUUAA